GUGACAACACUGAGCAUGCGCAUCAGCCAGUUCCUAUUAAUACGGUUUUCGAGUAAACGAGGAUACAUAAUUCUGAAUUCCAUAUUGAGCAAACGGCAAACACUGUUUACACGUAUAUGUCGAUUUUGUAAGUCAACCAUGCCUAUCAAGGACAUUCAUGCCAGACAGAUCUUUGACAGUCGGGGUAACCCCACAGUGGAAGUUGAUGUCACCACAGAACUGGGUCUCUUCAGGGCAGCAGUUCCUAGUGGUGCCUCCACCGGUAUCUAUGAAGCAAUCGAGUUGAGAGACAAAGACCCAAAGGCAUACCACGGCAAAGGAGUCUCCAAGGCAGUCAAUAAUGUGAAUGACAAAAUUAAGGCUAAGCUUCUUGCUGCCAACAUUGACGUGAAGGAACAGGGCAAGAUUGAUAAAUUUCUUCUGGAUCUCGAUGGCACUGAAAACAAGGCGUCUCUUGGAGCCAAUGCUAUUCUGGGAGUGUCGCUGGCGUGUUGCAAGGCUGGGGCAGCUGCCAAGAAAGUUCCUCUCUACCGGCAUUUGGCCGAUCUGGCAGGGAACAAACAAGUGAUCCUUCCCGUGCCGUCGUUCAACGUGAUCAACGGUGGCAGUCACGCUGGCAACAAGCUGGCCAUGCAGGAGUUCAUGAUCUUACCCACGGGAGCCAAGUCAUUCUCGGAGGCUAUGAGAAUGGGAUCGGAGGUGUACCACCAUCUAAAAAAUGUCAUCAAGAAGAAGUACGGACAGGAUGCUUGCAAUGUUGGAGAUGAGGGAGGAUUUGCACCAAACAUCCAGGACAACAAAGAGGGUCUAGAACUCUUGAAAACAGCUAUUGAGAAUGCUGGAUACACAGGAAAGAUUAAAAUCGGCAUGGAUGUAGCAGCUUCAGAAUUUUGCAAGAGUGGAAAAUAUGAUCUUGACUUCAAGAACCCGAAGUCAGAUAAAUCAAAAUGGCUUACCCCAGACCAGCUGGGCGAUCUGUACAAGGAAUUCAUUGACAAAUACCCAGUGGUUUCAAUCGAGGAUCCAUUUGACCAGGAUGACUGGGCCGCAUACACGAAGUUUUGCACUUCCACAAAAAUUCAGAUUGUUGGUGACGACUUGCUAGUAACAAAUCCCAAGCGAGUAAAGAAGGGUAUUGAUGAGAAGGCUUGUAAUGCUUUGUUGCUCAAAGUGAAUCAAAUUGGAAGUGUGACGGAAUCUAUUGAGGCAUGUAAGAUGUCGCAGGCUGCAGGUUGGGGGGUGAUGGUGUCACAUCGGAGUGGAGAAACUGAGGACACGUUCAUUGCCGAUCUCGUCGUUGGCUUGUGUACAGGACAGAUCAAGACUGGAGCACCUUGCAGAUCCGAGAGACUAGCUAAGUACAACCAGCUUCUACGAAUUGAAGAAGAAUUGGGCAAAGAUGCGAAAUAUGCCGGCGAGAAGUUCCGCAAUCCACUGAAAUAAACAAAGAAUACUUACCUGUAUAGGAUAAUAGAUAAUGAUUUUUCAAAUUGGAAUUUUAACAGACGUUGUCAUGUGUUCGGUCUGUGGUGUUAUUUUCAGCUGGCGAAAGAGAAACGAAUUAGGUUCCACUAUUUCAGAAUGAUCUGUCUACUUGUAUCUAAUACCCUCUUUAGUACAUAUCGUCUUGUCAUGUGGUUACAAUCUACUGUUAAUAUUAUUUAUUAUUGAUGUUUAAUAGAUAUUAAUUUUUAAAAAAUUGAAAAUUAAUUCAUAAGUCAAUGUAUUUGAUAGAUGGACACAAGUAAGUUAAUGUGCUCAAUUAUUUAAAUCUGUAUGAGUAUUUUCUCCUCUCUUUUUUAAGAUGUUCAAGGUAGAAUUUUAAGAAACGUAACUCAGCAAAAUGUUUGUUGCCAUUCUGCAUAUACUAGCAUGUGAGAGAAUUGAAGUUAGAUAAUCCACAGUUUGUACUUUCUAGGGUGUGAUAAAUUUUAUACAUUUCCUGAAAUAUGGUAAUAUUUUCCAUUGCUUCUCUAUAUACAUAUAAUGAAUGCGUAGUGUUAUCCCCUUGCAUGAUGGUAUUAGGAAUGUUAAUCAAUAUAAAGUUGAUGUACAAGAUAUUUCUGUAAGUGCUUAUAGCUUGUUUUGUUGUAUUAGGUAUUUAAUGCUUUGAGCUGUUUGUUGGCCCGUGGUAAUGCUUGUUACAAUGCCCUGUUAUUAGACAAUGAUGUACUUACAGUGAACCUUUACAAGGCACAUGGCCUAGAUUUUACACUAAUAUUAUAUUCUGUUUAAUCAAAUACUUUUUUGACACUUGGUAUUGCUAUUUCUAAAUACAUGUAGGAUAUUCAAAAAAUCUGCUUAUUCCUUGUUUUUAUAGUUUGAUACAUGUAGUUGCUCAAGUCACAUUUUGCAUAUUAAAAAGGCAUGUUUUAAGGAUUUCAGUUUGUACAUUUGAAUGGUCUGCAAAAUUAACUAGUCUGUUUUUAAUAAAAACUAAGUCAUUUGGAUCAUAGAACUUCUAGCAGAAAGUUUAAUACCCCACCCCCAACCCGUCAGUCAUGAGCAAUUUGGGAUUAAAACUGGACUGUUAUUUCACUGGUAGGCCUUUGUGUUGGCACACUAUGGCAAAGCAUGUUGACUAAUUGUUCUCAUGAUGGAAAAGGAGGAGAGGAGUGGACAAACCAUUUUCUACUAUGCCUAUGAUUUGGAUCACCUCGGCAGGAGAUAAUUAACAACACAAUAACAUAAUAUUUCAUCAGAUCUUCACUUGUCACUAUUGCAGUUGUAAAAACUAGGCUCUGUGCCUUUUAGCAGUUGAGAUUAAAUCCCCUGCUUUGAACAUGUUUUUGUUUCUUUUUCUAUUCUGUUUUAUAAUGUUCAUAUUGUCAUAAAGAAAAAGAUGGUA